UCACAUCCGGUUGGAAUGUUUUGGUUGGAGAUGAACAGAACGUACAUCAUGAGCUUGUGAUUGAUACUAUGCACAUCGAUUAACCUAUUAUUAAGGACUUGUCAAGGUUUAUUGUGUAGUCAUCCAAGAUGCUGGUUCCUAUUUUUACCCUUAAGCUGAACCACAAGGUGAACCCCCACAUGGUGACGAUAGGGAAGUAUGACGGCACUCACCCCUCUCUCACCUGUGCAACCACAGCAGGGAAGGUGCUGAUCCACAGUCCCCACACUCGCAGUCAGCGUGGCAUGGGUCCAAUUGUGGCUAGCUCAGAGAAUGAUAUCAGCCUUCUCAAUAUCAACCAGCAAGUGUCAUCAGUGUGUGCAGGCAAACUGCACACGAGCAACAUGAACGACGUACUGGUGGUGGGCACACAGACGAAUCUCAUUGCCUAUGAUGUGGACAAUAACAGUGAUCUCUUCUACAAAGAUACUCCUGACGGCUCCAAUGCUGUGGUCAUCGGACAGCUCGGCACUAUCAGCACACCGCUAGCCAUCGUGGGCGGGAACUGCUCUAUAAUGGGAUUUGACCAGGAUGGCAAUGAUUCAUUCUGGACGGUGACUGGAGACAACGUCUGCUCUCUGGCUAUGGUGGACUUCAACAAUGAUGGACAGAAUGAGUUGAUUGUUGGCUCAGAGGAUUUCGAUAUACGAGUUUUCCGAGAAGAUGAAAUUAUUGCUGAGAUGACAGAAACAGAGGCUGUUACAUCACUGUGUCCAAUGACUGACAGUCGGUUUGGCUAUGCUCUGGCUAAUGGGACAGUGGGUGUGUAUGACAGGACAGCUCGGUACUGGAGGAUUAAGUCAAAGAACCAGGCGAUAGCCAUCCACAGCUUCGACCUUGACUCAGAUGGGGUCCCAGAACUCAUCACUGGCUGGAGUAAUGGCAAGGUUGAUGCCCGGAGUGACAGGACAGGGGAGGUCAUCUUCAAGGACAACUUCAGCACAGCAGUUGCUGGCAUUGUGCAGGGGGAUUACAAGAUGGACACAAUGGCCAACUCGGAGCAGCUCAUCUGUGUGUCUACAGACGGAGAAGUGCGAGGGUACAAUCCAGCUCCGGAGGACAUGGGUGGGAACUUGAUGGACACAAAUAUUGAGCAGGACACAAUCCGAGAGCUAAGUCAGAGGAAACAGAAUUUGCUGUUGGAGCUGCGGAACUAUGACGAGAACAUGAAGACUGCUGCUCAGGGAGUGACUGCCGCCUCUGCCGCUGCUAGUGCCACCUCAAUAGCUAAAGUUGGCAAAGUUGGCGCCAAGAUUGGGGAGUACGAAAGCUCUCAGAUGGGAGUCAUUCCGGCCAACACCCAGCUGCAGACUACCCUGGCCGUCUUCCCAGGAGAGGAGGGCAAACUUCCUCAUGUUGAGUUGAUCAUCAGCACAACCAAUGAUACAGUCAUCAAAGCAGUGCUUAUAUUUGCUGAGGGAAUCUUUGAAGGAGAAAGUCAUGUUGUUCACCCAAGCACCAACUGUCUGUCAGGGAAUCUCAAAGUCCCCAUCGUCCCACCGAAAGACGUCCCAGUGGAUCUGCACAUCAAGGCUCUUGUAGGCUACAAAAUCAGCUCACAGUUCCAUGUGUUUGAGUUGAGUCGGCAGUUGCCACGGUUUUCAAUGUAUGCGUUCUGUGAAACAUCAGUCCCAGAACCAAAGAGCUCUGUCACCCUACAAGUGAAUGACAGAAUACCAAGGCUGCUGAUGUGGAUCAACCAGAACUUUCUACUGCAUGAAGACUUGACUUGUGAAGAUGAUCUCGAGGUCGCCUUCAUGUGUCUACGUGGUGGAGGACCACUCUUCAUCAGGAUGAAUCAGACUGGACAGAUUGUGAUUAAGACAGACAACAUGGACCUGGCUGGCGACAUCAUCCAGGCUCUGGCCGUCUUCCUCAACUUGGAGGACCUCAUGUCCACAGCAGACUUCCCCGUGGAGAUGGAGAGUCUGGAGCAGAUCCUCAAGAAGGUUAAUGAGUACCACUCAGUGAGACAGAAACUGACAGCAGAGAUGGCCGAUCACUCUAACCUCAUCCGCAGCAUGGUCGUCAGGGCAGAAGAUGCUCGCAUUAUGGGAGACAUGAAGAGCAUGAGGAAAGGCUAUAUGGAGCUGUUUGACCUGAACCAGGACCUGAUCAAUGGGUACAAGAUACGCUGUGGCAACCACCAGGAACUUGUGUCGUGUCUGAAGCAGGUCAACCAGAUCAUACAGAAGGCCGGGAGGCUGAGAGUGGGCAAAUACAAGACACAGAUUGUAAAUGCCUGUCGAGCAGCUAUAAAAAAUGACAACAUUAAUGGACUGUACAAGAUCAUUCGGGCAGGAGCAGCUUAAUAUGCAUCACAGUGCCAUCAUCAACAACAGCAACAACAACAACAGAGUGGCAUAUCAGAAUUUUCAGUAAGCAGGAAUGUGUUGAUAACCAGUGACAGAGUGUUUUCUGAACAGCUGUGUCUGUCAGCAGUACUGGUAAUAUUAACAGAUGGCUCUGUCAACAGCAGUGUCUGUUAGCAGUACUGGUAAUAUUAACAGAUGGCUCUGACAACAGCAGUGUCUGCAGAGUGAUCCAUCAACAGCGAUGUCAACUUAGCUCCAUCAACAGCAGUGUCUAUACAGAGCUCUGUAAACAGCAGCAUCAACUGUGAUAAGUACUAUUUUGAAACUAUCUGCUUAUGAGUACAAGAAUUAUUUGAUACUGCUAUUACUUUGUGGACUUUGUGAGUCAUCAGCACAGAUUGGAUGGAGUGAGGACACUGCUUCUUCUUGAACAAACAAGAUCACUGAUGCAGAAUUGCAGGUCAAUGUACACACUGUACAUACUAAAACCCCACAUCAAUGUUAAGGGGACAAGACAUAUUCCCAACAUUACCAUGGUGUGAUAGAUGUUAAUGUAUUGUUUAUAGAACACUAUCUUCAUCCUUGUUAGGGACUGAUACCAUAUCCAGUAAGAUGCAUGACACCCAGGGUGCUUUCUCCAGGUGAAGAUAACCUGGCAUUGCAUUUUCAAGCCAUUUUAAGGAAAUGUGUCAAGUGAGAAUGUGUCAAUAUGUUUGUGGAUUGAUCCUGUGUACACAAAUUGUUUUCAGACAUCUUUUGAAUUCAAGGUAUGUUUUGGUUUGUGGGUAAGAAAAUUACUCAGAAGUUGUUACAUCAUUUAUCCCCAACAUUUUAGUGGCAUAACCGAGCAGUCAGGCUCAGUGUUAUACCAAUAGGACAUUUCUGACUUCUUUCUCCAUAAGAUGUUUACAUAUUAUUCUGUUACUCUUGAAAUACAACAUGUAUGUAUCACAACAACAGACUGAAAGAACUACUUGCAUCAGUAUUGUAUGAUGUGUUCAUUAAUCUGGGAAUCAAUUGAUGUUUUAAUUGGUUGAAAUAUUGAUUUCAAUUAUUAUCAAUGACACAACAUCUCCAAGUUACAUUUCUUCAACAUGUAUGUUGUGCAAUUGUUGAUAUAGAAACAUGUAUGUCACAAUGUCCAGUGUAUUUUUUCUGUCUAUAUUUUGAUAUUGUACAAACUGCACAACAAUGAUUCCGUCCUCAUGCU